GGUCUCUUGAUCAACCAACAGUUGUGUUUUUAGAGAGCGACAUUGUGAAUGUUCCCAAUUUUGCGGUCACCACUGAUACUUUAAUGGGUUUAAUUUGACCCUUUCUUGAUACCCAAAAGCAAGGUAGAUUGGAGAAUAUAUCACAAUGCCCUUCACGGCCCCUGCUCAGCGGAAAGGUAUCACGCAUUUAUUUGUAUGUGCAUUCAUACAGUUAUUUCUUUAGUAAUCAUGAAUCUAAGCUUGAGUGCUGUUGUUGGGCUUUUUGACAAUGGAAUACUUCUUAAUUGUACCUUUACUAAUAUACCACAGACCCCUAAACUGACUGCUUUCGAACACACACCCAAAGCUUCAGACUCGGACCCUCAAAAUGUUGUCAUCUUCAUUGGUGGUCUAUCUGAUGGUUUACUCACUGUACCAUAUCCAUCAUCAAUCUCAGAUGCAUUACCAGCAGAUUGGAGCCUUGCUCAAGUUCUUUUAAGUUCCGCGUAUACCGGAUGGGGUAUCUCCUCCCUCAAAAAAGAUGCCCAGGAAUUAUCUCAAUGUGUCGCCUAUUUCCGAACCAUCAAAUCCGGCAAGAUUGUCUUAAUGGGACAUUCUACUGGUUGUCAAGAUGUCAUGGAAUACCUAACAGGACCCGGACACGAAACAAACACUUCGAUCGAUGGAGGUAUUAUCCAAGCUUCAGUAAGCGAUCGUGAAGCUUUGGGACAGGAAUUGGAUGCAAAUGUUCUGAAAAAUAGCAUCGCCUUAGCACAAAAAAUGGUUGAUGCUGGUGAUGGUGAAGAAAUUUUACCAUCUAGUGCUAUAGAAGGAUUCUUUCCAUCGCCUGUGUGUGCAAGGAGAUGGCUCUCGUUAACAAGUCCAAAUCAUGAUGGGGAUGAUGAUUAUUUCAGCUCUGAUCUUACGGACGAGCAACUGAAAAGACUUUGGAAGCUUGCCCGCUAGGAGCCCGUUGUGCAUUUUAUACUCUGGAAACGAUGAAUAUGUUCCGAAAUAUAUUGACAAAAAGGCCCUAGUAAAACAAUGGAUUGAUAUUGUGAAGAAGGGAGAUGGAAAGGUUGAUGAGGAAAAUUCUGCUAUUCUACCCGGCGCCACACAUAACUUGUCAAAAAGUCCAGAAGUUGUGCCAGAGUUGGUAAAGAGAGUCUUGGGAUUCUUGAAGGGUUUGUCCUCACAAUCUCAUUUGUGAUGUAACUCAGUGCGGGUUCUGAGGUAACGGGCUAGUCUUCAAGCCACAAUCUCGGUUUGAGAGCGAGCAUUUAACAUAAAAUUCUUUUGUGAAAUUAUGGCUACGAAAAGGCUGCUAUCGAUUCAUGGUUUUUGCUCGGCAAGCCCAAUAGAGAAAUUAAAACUUUUACACCAUUCAACACAUUUUCCGAAUUCAG